AUGCCCGCCGAUUACAGCAGUACGGCGAAAGCUCUCGCCCUCCCCAUAUCCCCAAUCGGGUCGCCUUCACCGGAAAGACAGAACAUCCGCCCGCCAUGGUCGCGCCGUCUCUCCACUGGGCGCCACCGUGCGCACUCCUCCCCAUACUCUCUCCGAAGCAACCAGAACCAGUCCUACCAAACCAAGAUCCUCUCCUCCGCCUCCAAAGUCCAGCGUAAAGUCAUCAAGACUUUUCUCGCGCUGUCAGUAGCCCAGCGGGUCGCCGCAGGGACAGCACUGCUCGUCAUCAAUGUCGGUCUCGUCCUCUUCAUGAUCUACAAUGAGCGAAUCUUUGGAUACCUCGCCCCUGCUGCUAAGAAGUGGCAUAACGUGCGUGGAGGGUGGACGAUACUCUGGCUCUUGACGUUUACCAGCUCCUUUCCGCCUUUGAUAGGCUACAGCACAACCAUCACGAUAGCGGGCUUUGUAUAUGGGUUUCCGAAUGGCUGGUUCAUUGUUGCGUCAGCUACAGUUGCUGGAUCCACGGCUGCUUUCCUGGCUUCAAGGACCGUAUUGUCGAAAUACGUGAAUAAGUUGGUAGGGCAGGAUAAGCGGUUUGAGGCUCUGGCUCUCACGCUGAAACAUGAUGGGAUAAAGAUCCUCUGCAUGAUUAGGCUAUGUCCUUUACCAUACAGCUUGUCCAAUGCGGCGAUCUCGACGUUUCCAACAGUCCAUCCGCUAUCGUUCGCUCUCGCGACGGCAAUUACGAGUCCCAAACUUCUUAUCCAUGUAUUUAUCGGUAGCAGAUUAGCGAGCAUUGCCGAGAAUGGCGGCAAGAUGGACGGAAAGACAAAGGCUAUAAAUUAUGCCAGUAUAGCAUUUGGUGCUAUUCUUGGUGCCACAGUAGGAUUUAUAAUCUAUCAAAGAACGAUGGCUAGAGCGAAAGAAUUGGAAAUCGAGGCUUUAGAAGCUGGGACUGCAGAACGAGCAUUGGUUGUGGGGAAUAGCCAACGGGGUUACAGCGAUCUGGAUGGGAUGGAAGAUACAGAUGCUGUUGCGUUGAUGGGAGACGAUGAUAUUAGCCUGUGGGAAAACGACGGAGAGAGAGAUGGUGCAUAUCGUGAUGAUUUUACGGAUGAUGAGGAUGUGUUCGCAAGUGGGGACAUCGAAGAGGAGCCUAGGAGGCAGAGGCUUUCGAAAGAUUAA